AUGGAGCAAACAGAUCUGAAGGGCCCAAGGGACCAGGAGAUCACUCUCCACACCAUCGUCUGUUCCCACUACAUCUCGCUCCCUGUAACCUUUGGUGCUCACAAUAUUAAGGAUCAGAAAAACAACAUUCAGCGCAUCCCUGUUGUUAAAACCAUCAUUCAUAAGGGCUAUAGCCCUGAAAAAGUGGUCAAUGACAUCAUGCUACUGAAGCUGAAACACAAAGCUCAACUCAGUAAUGCUGUGAAGAUCAUUGACCUUCCAAAGAGUCAGGACUGGGUGAAACCUGGGCAGGUGUGCACAGUGGCAGGCUGGGGACCACUGGCCAAUUGUAUUCUGCCUAACACACUUCAGGAAGUGAAGUUAGAAGUUCAAAAAAGUCAGAAGUGUCAAGAAAUGUACAAAAAUUACAACGAUUCCAUCCAGCUCUGUGUGGGAAAUCCCAAGGAGAAGAAAGCUACAGCUGAGAGUGAUUCCGGGGGACCCUUUGUGUGUCACAAUGUGGUCCAGGGCAUUGUAAGCCAACACCAUUGUACUGGGGAUCUUCCCGAGGUAUACACCAGAAUCUCAAGCUUUAUUCCUUGGAUUCAGAAAAUGAUGAAAAUCCUUCAACAACCCUAGAAGAUAAACCCUGUGUCUGGGCUGGUGUCCCACAUCCUGGC